UAUUAUUGAUAUUCAUAUUCUACUUCUUUUUCUUUCAAAUACCACACCUUCUUCUCCCUCUUCCUCUUUUGUCUUCUCCCAUUUCUCUCCUUAUUCUUCUUUCCAUUUCCUCUCAAAUCCUUCCAAAUGGGAACCGGAUGGCGAAGAGCUUUUUGCACCACAAUUCCUCGAAACUCAUCAGAUUCACCUAUACUAGUCGAAAACCAACAAAAUAAUAAUCCCACAAAUCCUAGCCCAAAAACACCCUCUAAACUUGGUUUUUUCAAAAGUAGUUCUACUUCUAGCUCAAACCCCUCCACACCCCGGUUACAUUCUACUUGGAGCCUACGUUCCAAAAGUAGCAAUAGUAACAAUACCGGUGACAUUAAUAACAAUAAUAAUAAUGAUAAUGAUUUUAUUGAUACUAAUUCGAAUUCAUCUACACCAAGAUUGCGAUUAAAACCUCGUCCUAAAACAAAAAACAAUGUUAAUGAACCUACUAAUGAUGAUACUAAAUUUCAUUCUUCUGUUAUUGACAACCUUAAUAUUACUCCAAGGUUACGAUGUAAAACGAAAAAUCUUAAAUCUUCUUUACUUUCUUCAAAUCCUUCUUCUCCCAGAUCUCCUUUUUCCAUCUUCAAGAAUUCCUUAGGCUUUUCUAGAAGUAAUUGUGGGCUAUGUUUACAAAGUGUGAAAACGGGUCACAAAACCGCGAUAUUCACCGCGGAAUGUUCACACACAUUUCAUUUUCCGUGUAUUUCAAAACACGUGAAAGAGGAAAAAACGCUAAUUUGUCCGGUAUGUAAAUCCGUGUGGAGAGACGGGUCAUUUCUCACAAUUGACAAAUUUCAGCCAAAAUUAAUUGAUGACAAAAAAGAAAAUGUGACGUCAACAACACCAAGAUCCCAAUCUCAAUCGCAAUCACAAUUUCGGCCUCGAGAGAGUUAUAUAAAGCCGAAACCAUAUAAUGAUGACGAACCUCUAAAAACUCCGCGGGCUUGUGGGACCGGGAUUGUCCCGAUACCAGAAGCGUCCGCGGAGGAAGAGGAAAAUGAAAAAGAAGAUGAGGAAUUUAAAGGGUUUUUCGCGAACCCGAAUUUAUCGUCUUCCGCGGACGAAUUUCGGCGUGAUUUUAAGAAUGUGGAAGUAAUGUUGAUGUCGGAAGUUGCUGUGGUGUCUUCGAAUUUAACACAUGAAACAUAUGCGGUUAUAUUGAAAGUCAAAGCGCCUCCACCUUUGGCUAAGCCGAAUAUGGCUCGGCGUGCGCCGAUUGAUUUGGUGGCUGUGUUGGAUGUGAGUGAGAGUAUGGGUGGGGCUAAGUUACAAAUGUUGAAAAGAGCUAUGAGGUUGGUUAUUUCUUCGCUUGGCGCGGCUGAUCGGCUUUCGAUUGUGGCUUUUUCGGCUUGUCCAAAGAGGUUGUUGCCUUUGAGAAGGAUGAGUGUGAAAGGUCAACGGUCGGCUCGGCGUAUUAUUGAUCAGCUUGUGUGUAGCCGAGGGACUUGUGCUGGGGAAGCUUUGAGGAAAGCUACUCAAGUUUUGGAAGAUAGAAGAGAGAGAAAUCCGGUUGCGAGUAUUAUUUUGUUAUCGGAUGGUCAUGAAGGAGAAAUGGGUGAUACUAAUGUUGGCAAGAACUCGAGUCAACGACAAGCGGCUAGCCACGUGUCGUCGACUCGGUUCGCUCAUGUGGAGAUACCGGUUCACACAUUGGAGAAAAGUAAUGGGGGUGGGUUUGGCCAUCAAAGACAUGGAAGUGAGGAAAAUGCGUUUACUAAAUGUGUAGGUGGUUUACUUAGUGUGGUGGCUCAGGAUUUACGGAUUCAGCUUCUUGUGGCUCCGGGUUCGGACCCGGCUGAGAUUACCGCGGUUUAUACGUGUAACGGAAAGCCGAUGGUCUUAAAUUCAGAUUCGGUUCAAUUUGGGGAUCUUUACGCGGAAGAAGAAAGGGAAGUUUUGGUUGAAAUGAGGGUCCCAAGGUCAAACACUGGGUCCCAUCACGUGUUGUCAGCUCGUUGUUGUUACAACGACCCGGCAACACAAGAAGUGAUCUACACUGGCGAAAAGGCUUUGUUGGUUCCGAGAGCACAAACCGUCCGAUCUUCAUGUUCACCCAAAAUCGAACGGUUGAGAAACCUUUUUAUCGCUACAAGAGCCGUGGCGGAGUCACGACUCUUGGUGGAACACAAUAAGCUGAUGACGGCUCAUCAGCUUCUAUCAUCAGCUCGGACUUUGUUAAUGCAGUCGAUAUCGGCUCAAGAGUUUGUAAAAGGGCUUGAAUCUGAGCUGGUGGAUGUUGAAUGGAGAGUACAAUACCAACAGCAUGUAAUACAACAACAACAGCAAGGGAUAAUGGUGGAUGAAAAUGGGGAGCCGCUAACUCCAACAUCGGCUUGGAGAGCGGCUGAGAAGCUGGCUAAAGUUGCGGUAAUGAAGAAAUCAUUGAACAGAGUCAGCGAUCUGCACGGAUUUGAAAAUGCUAGAUUUUAGUUUUUAUCAUUAUCAUUAUAUAUUAUUGUUAUUUUUUUAGACUUUUAUAUAAAAAUGUUUAGAUUUAUUUUAUAUAUUAAGAGAAAAGGAAAAGAAAAAUUGUUAAUGAAAGAAUAGUGAAUAAAAAUAUGUUGUGGAAUCAAAAGGAUGGGAUGGGGCACGUGGAAGCACGUGGGUUUUAACAGGGAGAUUGAAUUUGUAAGAAAAGGUUUGAUGAUUGACUCUAAAGGUUGUCAGUGUAUGGUUAUUUCGUAGUUAUUAUUGUUUGUUGCAAAGUUUGUUAAUUAAUACUUAAUCAUGUUUGUAUUA